AUGGAGCAACGACCCAGGUACCUCCGUGCGCGUCCUCAGCGCGAGUACUCCUACCAAAUGAUCUUGGGUAUUGACUGGGGAAGCGAGGCCGUUCGAGCGAGUGUCUAUCAGACGCUCGACAAUGGAAUGCCCGUCGAGUCUCUCGUAAUGCAUCGCUCAAUCAUAGAGGAAUUGCAACUCGACCGUGAAGAAGUUGAGCGCCAGUUCAGCUCUCACAUUUAUCCUUUUGACCACCACAGUCGAAAUAAUUCUAGUGAGAUGGUCUACCAAGGAAACAACCGAGUCCCCGGUCGUCGAUCCAUCUCCUCUAAGCUUGCAAUGUACGCAGUCGUGGGGAUCUCGGACGAGAUCGCCAGGCAAUCUCCCCAACUACAGGAGUUACUUGAAUUGGUCCAGCAGACCCCGCAGCUCAAGCGAGUUCUUCGCCUUGGUAUUGAGCAGAUGUUUCGCGUUGUCUUGCAAAACGUUUGCCUUUAUCUCGAAGGUCAGAAUCGCAGAAUUGGCGCCAUCGCAUUGACCAUCCCUGCUCAGUGGACCAUCGACUUCGAAGAGGAGUACGGCGAACGCUUCGUCACAGCUUGGGCUCAAGCCUUUCAUUAUGCUGCUCCAGAGAUCAUCUUCCUCACUGAGGGGCAAACUAAUGUGCACUUCGCCUUCUACACAGAAACACCGAAUGCCCGAUUCGAUAGACACAUCCUGCGCAACGAGGGAUUUCUCGAUAGCGGCAGGAUUAGCAACGGCCUCUUGCUCUUUGACGCAGGUGGACAUAGCACCAACUGUUCCUUGGUCACCAUCUGCCAAGACAACAAUCAGUUGGAGGUUCUCCCCGAUCGAGGUGUCAUCGGUGGAACAGCUCUUUGGGCAUGGUACGUACUACGACUAGCAAAGACAAAGUGGCCAUUGUCGCGCAACUAUGGACCCAUGCCCGUGGAGAUGGAGAACGAGAUCCUCAAGACAUUCUACACCAACUGUCGUUACUACAGGGGAGGCAAGGGGACAGCAUUCUACAUUUCAGACUGCGGUCCCAAUCACAGCUCCUUUCGUUUCGCGAUCACUGCCGAAGAGCUCAUGAAGACUUUUGACGAUGCCAAUGCGCACACUUUUGCUCUCAUCGAAGAUGGCAUCCUUCAACUCAAAGGCCUUGAGCCUCUAUGCGAGAAGCUGACCAUCAUGGUCGGCGGCGGUUCAGCCCAGGGAGCAAUGUAUGCGAGACUCGCAGCCGGUGCGAACUACGCGCUGUUGAAGGCAAAGACUGUAGCUCAGUUCGCUGACAAGGCCGCCUUUGGCCUCGCUAUCAAGAAACGCUAUAGGGACGGGGAAGGCUGGGCGGAGGACUGGUACUAUCAGGCCAAUCUUUUAUGGGCACGUGGAAACAAGUGGGCUAGAUUUGUGACGACGGAUGGAACCGAAGAGUUUAAAAUCAUCUGUCAGCCCGAAUACAACAGCCCUCGAUCCAAAUCUACUAUUGAGCCCAAUUACAAAGCCUACGAUCUUCUUCCGAUCCCCUGCCGCGAGAGAGGCAUUCUCCAAUUCGAACUUGACCUCAACACGGAGACCGACACACUCAGCCUGACUGUCAAGCAUCGGGCCCAGACUGAGUCUGGGAAGACUCAACGAUCGACCCAACUCGGACAUGUAGAGUUUGAUCUCUGGGUUCCACCUGGCAGUCGCUGCCUCCAGAUAUGGGAUUGUGUGGAGGACAUCAAGAGCAAAGUGACCGCAGCCUUCGCGGGGCAGCAAGAGCCCGCGGGUAACAACGCCUUGGAUGGAACUAGAACCGGUGAGAUGGAAGUCGAGCUAGGACAUGCCGAGGAGCCUGCCCAGUCAGCUCGCAGCCUUCGUCGCAGCCUUCGCAACCGGCCUCCACAGCCCCCACGAGCUGAGACUGAUAUGGAUGUGGACAUCAUGGCCCUUGAUGAAGAUCAAGAUGUCGACGUUAGCAUGCUGGGUACGGCACUGCCACCUCAGGCUGAGGCGCCUCAACCGUCCAGUGGAGACGUAGAGAUGGGUGGCACACAAGACGCCGAAGAGUUUGCUGGCAGCAUCAAUGUGGCCUCGCCUAUGCAGCUUUCUCAGCCUACCCGCGAAGUCCAGAGUGAGCGCCACCGCCGCCGACGUGGCUCUCGCGUCCCCACCGGAAUCUUUGCCCUGUGA